AUGAAUGGUUAUCUUUAGGAAGUUCUUUAAUGGAUUCGUUAAUGGGUUGGUUGGAAGUUCCCCCAAUUGAUGCAAAUAAUUCGCUUCCAAAACAACAUAAUGUUUCUGCACAUACUUCAAACAAUAAAAAUCAGACAAUAUUAGAUAUUCCAUUACAAUUCAUAGAUUUACUAACUUAUCCUGAGAUUGAUUCAAAAGCUUCAAAAAAAGCUUCUUUUGCAGCGCCGUAA